AUGAACACGUUGCCGGUGGAGGGAGGCAGCGAGACGCGAGAGCGCAACCGCAGUACCAGCGUGAACCCGGCCGUGGGCACGGCCAACUCGAUGGCCGACACCGACUGUACCAGCCGAGCGCCCGAUUCGCGGAUGCGCUACGCCGUCUCCGAGUCCGACUGCGUCGAUGCACACGAACAAGGCGUCCACGUCGUCUGGACGGCCGACAUGAAGAGCAUGGGUCGUCAAGCCGACCUGUUGCCGGCCGACUUGCAGCUCGUCCGCGGACAGGCGACCGUCGUCACGGGCCAGCGCUUCGGGCCCGGCAGCAUGCCCGACUCGGUGCGCAUGUUUGAGCAGGCCGCGGCCGCGGCCAAUGAAGCUUCCGUUGCCGCGGCAACCGGUACCAGCGCCGCCGACGUGGCCUGCGUCAAAGGGGACCUCGAGUUUCGCGCUGCCAUGCAACGAUUGCAGGCUCUGCUGCAAGUCCGCGGCGCCACACGCGCCAGCGUCCUCACCUUCGGCGGUACCAACCGCGCCUCAAUCUCGGCCACAUCGCCGUCCACGCAACCGGUCGGCAUGGCGACGACAAACACGGUGGCCAGUCUGGCGAAUGGGCCGGAGCAGAGUUAUGCAACGUUGCUGCGCGGUCAGCUGAAGAAGACGACGUACACUGGGCCGCUGUUGCGCAGUCGACAUGUGAACACGUUCGGACGUGUCGACGCGGAGCAACGCCGUCCCGAACAGACGGUGCUGAUGAACGCGAUGGCGCGUCACUUGGAUCAGCCGAUCGGCAGCGCCGAGGCAGCCUCGCAACCGGCCGGACGGAUCAUGGCCUCGUUCAGUUUGACGUGCCAGACGAACCAAACCGGCCAAACCGGCCAGACCGGCCAGACCGGC